GACAACACACACACACACACAUAACAGUUCACUGAUAAAUGUAACAAUAGCAAACCCAGAUCAAGACAGAGUGUGGUUAACUUGGCUGGGAAACAGGGACAAGUAAAUAUCUAUUUUGCAUCACUUGAUGGGUGUAUGGUGGAGGUAAAUGGAAGGGUGGGGGCAAGCCCUGAUGCUCAGGUUUCUGUUGCCAGACCCUCUCAAUUUGUGUUGUAUUUGUAAUGUAUCCAAUGAUGUGAUUUUAGGGGUGUUGUGGGUAUCUCUGUAAAACUGAUCAAAAUGGGAGCCAUCCCUUGUUCUGGGCUUCAUUCCUUCCUACUUCAUCCUGGUGGUGGUUGGAAGUUCUGUUGCAAGUGUUUUUGUUUUUUGUUUAAUAAAUAUCAGGCCUACUGGCUGCUGUUUUGCUCCUUAUAUUCCUGGCUGGUGUCUUUGCUUGGUAAUCCAGGCGAGCCCAAGGAUUUUCCUAUAACAAGACCCUUUAACUUGCUCCUUAAAAUGCAAUCUGAACAAAACUGGUAAAGCAGUAAAGAGUUUAUUCAGGACAAUACCGUCUUGAAAGAGCGGGGAUCCAAAGCAGGCACAGUCCAGCGGGCAAAGUAGGAGUUUAUAUUCCCUAUGCACACGUUUCUUCCCUCCUCUCCCCAUUGAAUGGGUGCUACAAGGUUUUCCUUCCCCCAAUUAUCAAAUAACAGGCGCGGCGUGGAGAGAAACUUCUCCUUCCUCCUCACAGUUGCCGCCACUUCCGGCUUCACCAGCAGAGAUAAAAGCGGUGUUUGCAAAUGAGGAAAGGAAGGAGGCGGGAAGUGGGGCUGCAUUGUGCGGAGGCAGAGGAGGGGGCUGCUUCCUAAUCAAGCCUCACUCCCUGCCUCGCGCGCGGGGGCUCCCUUUCCCGCCCCCCCGCUGCCCAGGAUUUCGAGAAGCUGCAACUUGCUCUGAUUUCUGCCCUCCUCAGGAAGUUGAACCUGCAAACCUAGCUGAGACUGAACCUGCAAACCUGGCCAGGAUGGAAGGAGGAAGAUGGACGGUUGAUCUGGUCAGGCUGUCUCCCGCAUCCUUCCCCACAACCUCUGAGCAUUCCCUCCCAGGACCCUGGGAAAAAUCUGCUUCCUCUGGCUUCUGGGCUCCUCAGGAAGCUGAACCUGCAAACCUAGCUGAGACUGAACCUGCAAACCUGGCCAGGAUGGAAGGAGGAAGAUGGACGGUUGAUCUGGUCAGGCUGUCUCCCGCAUCCCUCCCCACAACCUCUGAGCAUUCCCUCCCAGGACCCUGGGAGAAAUCUGGUGAGGAAGAUGACGGUCACAAUUCUACGAAGUCAUCGGUAAAUUUAUUGGGAAGACCAAAGAAACUAUUUAAAUGCAUGGAAUGUGGGGUGUGCUUUAGUCACAGUGGAAAACUGAGGAUACAUCAACAAACUCACACAAGAGAGAGACUAUUUGAAUGUAUGGAAUGUGGAAAGAGCUUCAGCCGGAAGGAUAAACUUACAUUACAUUGGAGCACGCACACAGGGGGGAAACAGUUCAAAUCUACAGAGUGUGGAAAGAGCUUGAAUAAAAAUGUAGUACUUCGAACACAUCAACAACCUCACACGGGGGAGAAAUCAUUUGAUUGUAUGGAGUGUGGAAAGAGCUACAGUCAAAAUGGAGCACUUAGAAUACAUCAACGAACUCACACCGGGGAGAGACCAUUUAAAUGUAUGGAGUGUGGAAAGAGCUUCAGUGAAAAUGGAACACUUAGAAAACACCAACGAACUCACACGGGGGAGAAACCAUUUGAAUGUAUGGCGUGUGGAAAGAGCUUCAGUCAAAAGAGAAACCUUAUAACACACCAACGAACUCACACCGGGGAGAAACCAUUUGAAUGUAUGGAGUGUGGAAAGAGCUUCAGUCAAUAUGGAAACCUUAGAAAACACCAACGAACUCACACCGGGGAGAAACCAUUUGAAUGUAUGGAGUGUGGAAAGAGCUUCAGUCAGAAUGGAGACCUUAGAAUACACCAACGAACUCACACAGGGGAGAGACCAUUCGAAUGUAUGGAGUGUGGAAAGAGCUUCAGUCAUAGUGGAGCACUUAGAAUACACCAACGAACUCACACGGGGGAGAAAUCAUUCAAAUGUAUGGAGUGUGGAAAGAGCUUCAGUCAAAGUGGAACACUUAGAAGGCAUCAACAAAUUCACACGGGUGAGAAACCAUUUAAAUGUAUGGAGUGUGGAAAGAGCUUCAGUGAAAGUGGAACACUUAGAAAACACCAAGAAAGUCACAUGACGGAGAAAGCAUUUAAAUGUAUUGAGUGUGGAAAGAGCUUCAGGAGAAGUGGCUCACUUAGAAAACAUCAACGAACUCACACGGGGGAGAAACCAUUUAAUUGUAUUGAAUGUGGAAAGAGCUUCAGUGAAAGUGGAACACUAAGACUUCAUCAACGAACUCACACGGGGGAGAAACCAUUUAAAUGUAUUGAAUGUGGAAAGAGCUUCAGUGAAAGUGGAAAACUUAGAAUACACAAACGAACUCACACAGGGGAGAAACCAUUUAAAUGCAUUGAAUGUGGAAAGAGUUUCAGUCAAAAUGGAGCACUUAGAAGACACCAACGAACUCACACAGGGGAGAAACCAUUUAAAUGUAUUGAAUGUGGAAAGAGCUUCAGUCACAAUGGACACCUUAGAAGACACCAACGAACUCACACAGGGGAAAAGCCAUUUAAAUGUAUGGAGUGUGGAAAGAGUUUCAGUCAAAGUGGAGACCUUAGAAUACACCAACGAAGUCACACGGGAGAGAAGCCAUUUAAAUGUAUAGAGUGUGGGAAAAGGUUUAAUCACUAUGGAAACCUUAGAAAACAUCAACGAACUCACACAGGAGAGAAGCCAUUUAAAUGUUAAGACCUUCAAUCACUAUGGAAACCUUAAAAACAUUAACGAAGUCACACGGGGGGAAUCCAGAGAUAUAUGGAAUUUGGAAAGAGCUUCAUAGGGAGUAGAGACCUUAGUAUUCAUAAAUGAAUUCACACGGGAAACACCAUAUAAAUUUAUGUAUUUUUCCACUCAGGAUUCACUCCUUACUGUUGGGAUUAUGUUCACUGCCGAGCUACUCAAGCGAGACUAGUAUGUCAUUUGUGUCUGUUCCCAGGAAAAAGGAAUGCACCUUCUCUCUUUUCUCCUCACGUGAUGUUUUCACUGUACUGUGCACUCUUUCUUCCGGCUUCCAAUAUGCCGGACGUCUCUCUCUGCUGCUCUCCAUAUUAAACCACUACUAAAUGUUUCUGUGUGUGUUGUUCUUCAUGUUGGGGAACAAUCGCAUAUUUGCUCUGUGGGUCCAGUCUAACAACUGGCCCCCGGCCGGUGAAAUGCUAGCAGUGGUAGCAGAGUUAUGGCUGUCGGUUCAUCGGACCUCUGGUGUGGUUCUUGAUGCGUUGGACCUCAUUACCGGAUGAAAGCAAGCAUUCUGGGGGAGUUCGUGCUGAGACGGCCAUUUUCCCACCGAAGGAGCUGUGAGUACCGGGACUGAUUUACGAGGCACUUAACCUCUGAGAGAGGCAGCUCAAUUAGCCGCUUGAGUUUGCUUGAGAAUUUAUUGUAAGUAAAACCUUUAUUGGCAUCAAACAAACUCGCAGACAAAAUAAUAACAGAUUAAAAGUGUCGCUGUGGCAAACGCUGUGUUAAGAGAGAGAAGGGAAUAAUCCGCUAUCCGCUUUCACGACAAUGGGGCUUCUAAUAAUUCAGACGACUGCACCAUCUUGGUGAGGACCUGGUCCUUCCCCAGCAAAAGGAAUUGUAAGAUUUCCCACUCUGGUCUCCUUCUGGGGAUGCCGAGCCGGUCCAGGAAUUGUUGACGAAGGUCGACGUAAAGAUUACAAUGAAAAACCAUAUGUAGAAGGCUUUCCACCUGAGGGUCAUGACACGGACAGAUCCUCUCGUCCUUCGCCCUGCCCGAGAAUCUUCCCCACAGGAGGUUCGAUGGAUUUGCGUUGAACCUGGCCAACGAAAAUGCCCUUCUUUCUUGUGGGUUCAGUAGGAAGUCAAGAUAAUUAGGUUUUGUUUCAUGAGCCCACGGGAGGUGGAAAAGAAGGGGGGAACAUGUUGUGCCUGCUGCUGCUAUAAGAUCCUGUCUCUCAAUGUCCCACAACCUAGUUAUGACUGUGGCUUUGGCAGAUUGUAAGGACAUUGAGCGGAGGAGUUCUACUGAAAGCCCCAGUUGCUGUACCUUCCUGUUGAAGUGUUGUAGCCCUGGGGGGAGGAAGGUGUCCGAAAGCAUUACCUGGAGGAAGGGAUCUCUGUCAGAGUCAAGGCAGAUUUUUAGAAUUUAUUGCUUUCUGAAGUCGAAAGCAACAAGCUCUUUUCUUCACACUGGCCCCCGGCCGGUGAAAUGCUAGCAGUGGUAGCAGAGUUCUGGCUGUCUGUUCAUUGGACCUCUGGUGUGGUUCCCGAUGCAUUGGACCUCAUUACCGGAUGAAAGCAAGCAUUCCGGGGGAGUUCGUGCUAAGACGGCCGUUUUCCCACCGAAGGAGCUGUGAGUUCCGGGACUGAUUUACGAGGCACUUAACCUCUGAGUCAGGCAGCUCAAUUAGCCGCUUGAGUUUGCUUGAGAAUUCAUUGCUUUCUGAAGUCGGAAGCAACAAGCUCUUUUCUCCACAAUAGCGAUAGAGCAGAAAGUGGGGGACACAUUGUGUUCGUUGUUGACAGAUGAUAAUUAUGGCAUGUGGAACAUCAAGAUGCAGACGGUUCUUACAAGACAGAAUUUGCUUCAUAUUGUCGUAAGUGCACCCCCGCUUUUGCCGGGUCUGUGAUGGAUGUCCUGCGACCAACAGGCCAAAGCAGCUCUGGUGUUGCAUUUGGACUCAUCCCAAUUGAUCCACGUACAGAAUUUGCCCCACGCUAAUGACUACUUUUUUAUAUGCCUGUUGUCUUUGUCCAUGGAGUUUUCUUGGCAGGGAUACUGGAGUGGCUUGCCAGUUCCUUCUCCAGGUGGAUCACAUUUAGUCAAAACUCUCCACUAUGACCUGUCCAUCUUGGGUGGCCCUGCAUGGCAUAGCUCAUAGCUUCUCUGAGUUAUUCAAGCCCCUUCGCCACGACAAGGCAUUGAUCCAUGAAGGGGACAAGGCAUUGAUCCAUGAAGGUGCAAGACAGGAGUGCCUGGCGUGCUAUGGUCCAUGGGGUCACGAAGAGUCGGACACGACUAAACGACUAAACAACAACAAUGACUACUAGCUUGCUUUGAGAGAUGAACAUCUUAGGAUUCAGGCUGGGAGCUCUAUGCUCCACUUUCAGCGUUUGACCAAUUUACACUUGAAGGAGGGUGGAUGUUUGCGUACUCAUCUUAAUGAGAUGUGGCAAUUACGCCAGCAGCUGUUGGAGAGGAAUGUUCUUUUGAAUGAGGACAUUUUCUGUAUUAUGGUUCUGAACAGUUUGCCUCCCAGUUUCAGUGCUAUCGCGUCCCAGCUGGGCGCUCUGGAUGCACAAAACCUGAUUACUUGCAAGGGUGUUUUCCUCCUUGCUUAAUGAGCAGGACCGUGCUACUGCUCAGAAAGAGCCAAUGGGAGGGGGAAUGAAGUCAGCGAGUCAUCUUCCUCACACAGUGCUUCAGCUCUUAAAGUGGUACGGUGCACAAACUGUGGCUGCCGGGGUCACAGAAUUGCCACGUGUCGCAAGCCCAAAAAGGGUUCUACAGGAAGGGGGAGUUCCAAGCCCUCAACAGCGUGUGCGUUUGCAUUGCUUGCUCAAGGCGUGCAGGAGCAAGACACAGACCCAGCUUUUGUCAUAGACAGUGCAGCGUUGCACCACAUGAAGGGCAGUAAACGCGUGUUCAAGACUUUUACCAGGCUGGACUUUAACGUGUCGCAAGCAGACGGAAAGUGUCUCAAAUCGACCGGAUAUGGACCUGUUUUUCUGCAGAGUCUCCAGCUGACUAUUCACAAUGUGUACUAUGUGCCAGAUCUCAAGUUUAAUCUUCUGAGUGUCUGCCAGCUCACCGAGAAAGGCUUCAAGCUCAACAUGCGCAAAGACUUGUGUGUGAUUUCCAAGGAUGGAGAAGAUCUCCUGACAGCUCACAAGGGCAAAGAUAGACUUUACUUACUGUCUUUUGCUUCUACUGACUGUUGUUAUGUUGUUGACUCUUGUUUUGCAAGCAGAAUGUCACUAAAUGUUUCCAGCAUGUUUAUGCUGAUAUACUAGGUUCUUUGCCACAAUCCAGAGGCAAGGCCAAAUAUUACUUACUGCUGUCUGAUCGUUUUUCCAGGUUUUCGUGGGUUUACACAGUGGAGAAGCCGCAGCAAACCUUGGUCAAGUUCUCAUAAUUUUGUGCUAAGAUGAAAUUUAUGCAUGAUGGUGUAAUUGAUUGUUUGUAUACAAAUGAUUUGCCAGUGUUUGUUUCACAGGAUUUCCAGGGUUUCCUAGAUGAACAGUGCAUUCUGCACAAGGUUGCUAAAAGCCAAUCAUCAUGGGACAAUGACUUAUGUGUUAAAAUUAACACUGAGUUACAUGAAAGAAUGCAGGCGCAGCUGCUUUGUGCAGCGUUGUCUGAUCAGAAUUGGGCUGAGAGCCUAAAGGAAAGGAAUGCUCACCUUAUGAGAUUCUGUUUCAGAAAAAGCCUUUUGUGAAGCACAUUAAGGUUUUCGGAUCUCAAUUGUGUAUGGAGUCGCUUAAAGGGGCACCUAUCCAAGGCAUUCUAAUGGGCUAUGAGAAAGGUCAACAAAGAGUUCUGUUGCCUUCCUCCAAUGAAGUUAUUCUUACCAGAGAGGUAGAAUACACUGCCAAGCCGGAGAUACAUGUUCUCCAAAGCUUUCCCAUUGAAGCCAAUCCACACGAGUAUUCAUACACUGAGAGUAGCAGUGCAAGCUCAACCACCGCUAGUUCCGACACAGAUGACACUGUCAUUGAGAGAGGAGCUCAUGCUGUAUCCAGGCCUUCAUCAGAUGAUGACACAGUGCUUCAAGCGUUAGAGCCACUAUUUACUAUUGGCAAGAGUUCUCCCAAAAGCCCUGCAGAGGAGAAACUCAGCAAAGAGGGUCUACACCUCAUUUGUAGAUCUGAGAGAGUUGCUAAGGGUCAGCCACCCAAAAGGUACUAUGGGAGUUUGCCAACACAGCGGUUGCCAAUAUGGCUGUAGUUUGCACUCCUAAACAGGAUACAGAAACACAGGCUAAGUCCACAGAUGUGACUAAGCCACAACAACAGGUUGCAAAGUUCAACACUCUUUUUCCUAACAGGGCAAAUGCUCUGGUCCCCUGGAAGAAUGGCGCACAAAGGCUCCAGCUGGUAGAACCAGUCUCAGAGAGUUCCAAGAAUGGAACAAGGGCGGCAGGGUCGUACUAUGUUUAUGACAACUGUUUGUUUAUGGCUCUUGAGGAUGCUUUUGCUUUCAUAGCUCUUUCAUUGCCAGAAUCGGGGGAGGAUGUUGGGAUUAUGUUCACUGCCGAGCUACUCAAGCAAGGCUAGUAUGUUAUUUGUGUCUGUUCCCAGGAGAAAGGAAUGUACCUUAUCUCUUUUCUCCUCACGUGACGUUUUUACUGUACUCUUUCUUCUGGCAUCCAAUAUGCCGGAUGUCUCUCUCUGCAGCUCUCCAUAUUGAAGUAGUUUAACCACUACUAAAUGUUUCUGUGUGUGUUGUUCUUCAUGUUGGGGAACAGUCGCAUAUUUGCUCUGCGGGUCUAACAACUGGCCCCCCGGCCGGUGAAAUGCUAACACUUAAUUCACCUCAAGAAACUCAUAAAGAGGUACUGAAGGAAUGCUGUAACAACUGCAAGGAUGCUGCUUGCCCAGAGUUGGAAAAACGACACGGUGCCUACCAGAGUGGGCUGACAGACUAAACUAUUGGACUAUGCAGAGAUGACAAGAAUGACUGGGAAAGUCAGAAACCAGGAGGUUCAAAAUUUCAACAAAGAAUGGGAGAAAUUUAUAUUCUAUUUGACAGAUAACUCUAGACAAUAGAACUCUUUGCUAGAUCUUAAAUAACUCUUGUCAUGUUACAUAGACUUUGGAUAAAAUAGAGGACUGACAAAUUAGGAGGAUUUAUAGAAUGCAGUUGAAAAGGUUUAGUAAAGAACCCACAGAGGGGAGGAGGGAAGUCUAGAGAUUCAGAAUUUUUAACAUUUAAUUUUUAACAUUUGUGAUUUUGAGAGUGAAUGAAUUUGUAAAAUAAAAUAAAAAACAUUUUAAAAAGAAAAAAACUCAAAGGGGGAAAUACGUUUUAAAUGCAUGGAAUGUGUGUGAUGUUCUGGUGUUUGUACAUAAAUUUGCAUACACAUUAUUAUGUAAUGACAGUCACAUAUACUAAAUGUACAAAAUAAGUGGCAAGUUGUUGCUCAAUAAACACGGAGAAAGAGUGAAUCUGGAAUGCUCAAGGUGUGUGUUUAAUCUGUUGAGUUUGGACCUCCACCAUUCACUGCCAAAAUGAUGGGCUGCCCUUGUCUUUUGGAUCAGUAUCCCAGGUGCUCAUUACUUGAACUUUGCAUAAUCCAUUGAAGACCUUUUUACUGAUAUCAUUUUCCAGCUGAAUGAAAAGGCCUCUGUGUUAAAUGUUCAUUUGGGAUUGUUUUUAAAACUCAUCUCCUAUUUUCUGUGCUCUUGUGUUUGAGCUGUUUUUAUUAAAUAUUCUCUGCAUCGGUUUCAGACCUGCGGAAAGGUGACCAGUGAGGAGGGUUUUUUUUGUGUGUUUCUUAAGUCACAGAAAUGUUUUAAAAUUUAAAGGAAUGUGUGAAAGAAUUAGGGCUACGGGAGAUUUGUGAAAGGGACUGAGGAUUGGGAAACAGAUUGGUUGUGAAUGCGAAAGGUGGAGAGGGAGAGAAGAGAAAGCUCAGUCAUUUAGUCAGGGCUAUGGCUAAAGGCCUUGGACUCCAUCCAGCUUUUCUGGGAAUUUGUAGUCUCAGGAUGUUUUGAUGGUGUUUCCUGCUUGGCAGGGGGUUGGACUGGAUGGCCCUUGUGGUCUUUUCCAACUCUAUGAUUCUAUGAUGUCCAAUUGUAGUUGGAUGAGGAGGCUCAGACUCUUCUGUUGAGAGGUUCAUCCCAGAACUACAGUUCCCAGAGUUCCUGGGAAGUGAAGGUGACUGUCAAGUCUCUGGAUGUGCAAAAAAUAAUUUAGCAGUGUUUGUUUUCAUUCUUGUGGGGGAGCACCCUGUUGCAACAGUUUUAAUAAAGAUCAGGCUUUCUAGCUGCCUUGCUUCUCAAUAGUACCUUUGAGACCAACUAGAGUUGGUCUCUAAGAUGCUACUGGAAGGAUUUUUUUAUUUUGUUUUGACUGCGUCAGACCAACACGGCUACCUUCCUGUAACUUGCUUCUCAAUAGUCUCUGGUUUGCCUCUGUUAUUUUAUCCUACAUAAUAGAGAACCUAAAAGGAGGACUCCAUUAGGGUUCUUGGGUACCCAAUAAGGGAAAAGGAGCAGUUUUUUUCUUAUAACACAAGGAAGCCCUAUUUAAUGAGAGGGAACCUGGUUCUCGGGGUGUGUCUUGCAUUGGGGCGUCCUCUUUUUCCGCGGUUUUUGCCUCUUUCCUUUAUGCCUCAUCUCUCUCACCAACAGCAAAUGUUGCUCUGGAUCCAGGCACAGCUUAUCCUCGGCUUGUCCUGUCUGAGACAAAUAUCAACACCUGCCCAACAAUUCUGAGAGAUUCUACAGUGAUCCUGCUGUGCUGGGAUGUGAGGGCUUCACCACAGGCAGCCAUUACUGGGAAGUCAUUGUGGGAAGUGAGGAAAUGUGGGCUGUUGGGGUUGCCAGGAAGGCUGUUGGGGUUGCCAGGGCUCGGGGGGAACUGGUGGCGGCGGUGGCGCUUGUUCUCUUGGCUCGGGGAAGGCAGGCAGGCGCUUCCCCGAGCCAAGAGAGCAAGCACCGCUGCUGCCAACGACA